AUGGCGAACACGAACACCGAUCUAAUCGAAGAAGACGCCGCCGACUUGCAGUUCCCCAAAGACGAUGACCUCUCAGCGUCUUCUAGCGCUAAUAUUUUCGAAACCAACGAUUCGACUUAUUGCGCAAAUUGUUUUUGUGAAGUACGAAGUAAGUACAUAUCGUGUGAACAGUGCAAAGUGCCUAUAUGUUUGAGUUGUUUCGCGAACGGAGCGGAGUUCUCCAAUCACAAGAACGACCACGAUUACCGGAUUUUCUCCACGAAUUUCGUGCUAUUCGAACGGUCCGAUUGGACCGCCGAGGAGGAGCUGAAGCUGCUCGACGCCAUCAGCAACUACGGCAACUGGGCCGGCGUCGCCGAAGAACUACCCAACAGGAAUUUAAACGAUAUAAUCGAACACUACGAUUACUUUUACCUAGACAGAAAAGGCUGUGAUAAGUUUCCGAAACCCAAAGAUCGAAACGCCGAAUACAGAGAAUCAGUCGUACCUUUUAGAUUCAAUUUAGAGGAUACCGAUGAGCCCCCUCGAUACCUAUCGAACACCAUAGGUUUUCAAUCUCUAGCCGGUUACAAUCCGGCCCGAUCGGAUUUCGAAAACGAAUUCGACAAAGGCGCCGAAGACAUUUUAUCUAACGUUGAACUAAUCGAUCAUAACGAUCCCCAGCAUGAGCUCUUGUCCAAACUGCAAUGCUCGUUAGUGCAAAGUUACAACCGCAGGUUGUCGAGGAGGCAAAAAUGGAAGGAUUUAAUCAGAGAUCACGGUUUGCUGUUGCUGAGGAAGACCUACUCGUGGUUGAAGCGAUACGAUUGCACCAUACACAAGAACGUUUACGAGAGAAUGCUUCGAUUCAUGCAAGUCAGCGAUCCGUUCAAGUUCGAUAUGCUCAUGGAAGGUUUGCAUAGGGCCGGCGAACUGAAAUUGCAAAUAUCGAGGUUGAUAAACUUGAGAAAACUAGGCAUCACGACCUUAGCAGGGGGCCGGCUCUACCUCAAGCUAAACCACCUCCACGAAACCAACAGGAAAUCCCUCAAAGCCUUCCGAUCGAACUCUUCGUUCAACUGGAAGAACGUCAAAGAACCCAACUUGAACAUGAUCAGCAAACUCAACAAACGAAGGACUUUCAUGCCGAUCGAAGUGACCGGAAUGCCGGGUUACACGAAGCUGUCGCAGAAAGAAAUUGAUUUGUGCAGCACCGCUCGAUUGGUACCGGUCAGUUAUUUCCAAUUGAGAGAUACCUUAAUAGCUGAAUAUAAAAGGAGCGGAUCGGUGACGUUGCAAACUGCCAGGAAAUUGUUGAAAAUCGACGUUAACAAAACGAGGAAGUUGUACGAUUUUAUGUUAGAAGAGGGGUAUAUUAAUAAACCUGCCACUUGA